GACGGUUGCACCAGUCUUAUUUAUUCCCCGCCAGUGAAGUGAAGGAUGAUUCUCUUCAGAUUUACGAGUGCUUUCACCCAUCGCCGGUCCUGCAACCUGCAAAUACUUGAGUUGCAACACCAAAAACAGAAUAACGCUGCACCCGAUCUUCAGCGGAAACUGCCGAACGGUUUUCAAACUUGGAACAUUAGCAAGUCGGAGCUCAGUUUGCCGCGAGCUGCCGAGGAGAACGUACGUCGCUCGCCCUCGCGCCUUCGCUGCCGCGAUAUUUGCGUUAAGUGACAGUGAUAUUUUUAAGUGUUACUUGACGUGAUGACACCCUACAUUAGUGACUUAAAUACAUUGUAGGACGUUGUAAGGUACUAAUCGACGUGGUAGUGAAAAUGCGGGUGACUUAGUGUCUCACCAUGAAGACCGCGCACCUCGUGCUGACACUGACGUGCGUCAUCUCUUUCACUUGCACACAUGCCAAAAUAGGUUAUUUUUGGCACAUCACGGACUUCCAUUAUGAUCCGCUAUACACAUCACAGGGCGACACUAGAAGACAUUGUCGUCGAGCAGAUGAGCGCGGCAGUUCGGGGCACCACCGCGCGCUGGGCCGCUUCGGCGACUACUCGUGCGACAGCUCGCUGGAGCUGAUCGAGUCGGCCGCGCGCCACAUGCGCACGCGACACUCUGAGAACGUCGAGUUCGUACUAUGGACUGGUGACAUCAUAGCGUCCCGGUACGGCAGCGACGAAGAGCGAUUCCAGGCCAUAAGGAACAUGACGGACCUGAUGGGCAGGACGUUCAGCUCGCACUUCGUGUUCCCCGUGCUGGGUCACCUGGACCCGGCGCCGUCGGAGAACCUGACCAAUCUCUGGGGGCAUUGGUUGCCACUGGAGGCUCUGCAGACUUUUAAGAUUGGUGGCUACUAUACAAUAGAGCAGUCACAUAGCAAGCUUAGGAUAGUUGCGCUGAACACCAACCUGUUCAGUGUUCGGGAAUCGAACGGCGGACCCGCCCAGGCGCAGUGGGACUGGCUCAACGCUGUACUCGAGAAGGCUGCGUCUCAUAGUGAAAUGGUGUACAUAGUGGGUCACGCGGCGCCCGGGUCAGACUCGCGGCACGCGUACGACGCACACGCCACAGGAGCCAACGCGCAAUACUUGCGCACCGUCCGUCGGCACGCGCGCAUCAUCGCUGGACAGUUCUUCGGGCAUCUUCACGCUGACACCUUUCGCGUCAUCUAUGAUAACGAUCGGCCAGUGUCGUGGGCACUGCUGGCGCCGUCGGUGAGUCCGCACCGCGAGCCAGCUAGUGCCUCUAAUCCCGGCCUUAGACUUUAUAAGUUCGACACCAACACUGGCAAGGUGUUGGACUACACUCAGUACUACCUGGACUUGGCCGCCGCCAACCGCGGCGGAGCAGCCGAGUGGACCACAGAAUACAACCUUACUCAAUACUACGGCCUGCACGAAGUGUCGGCCGACGCGCUCCACAACUUGGCCGACAAGCUGCGGAUAGGCUCGCCACAUGAGACCAUGGCCUUCAACAAGUACAUCCGCGCCUACAGCGUAAAGCAUGAUAGCUCAGAGUGCGAUGGCGCGUGUGCUCACCAGCAUUUCUGUGCCAUCACCUGCCUUGAGCUAGCCGCAUAUCGCCAGUGCGUAGAAGCUGCGGCCAGCGCCUUGGCCGCCGCCAAGCGGGCCGCUUCGCUCGAGACACCCAUCGCUGUGCUCCUGGUUAUGGUUAUUUCUGUACUAACUUUGCUAUAGGACCAUUGUGAUGUCAAUCGAUUUG